GCCGUGAGCGGCGGAGCGCGGUCACUGCCGCCGGGCCGGCUCCUCCCGCGUUUUGAGGCGACCGUGGAGAGGCUGAUGCCCGGCGGCGCUCCCGGCCCUUCCGCCUCUCACCCCGGCAGCCUAAGUCUUUGACCUUGGGUGUUCCGCCGUCCCGGGCUGAGGAACCCUAGACGGCGCCGGGGGUGGCCGCUCUGGGAUCCCGGGAAUUUCAGAAGUCGUUACCCCGGGCCGACGCGUAGCUGCCCGAGAACCAAGGGAGAAGGUGGAACAACUCUGGCUUCACGGUGGCGGUCCCGGUAACUCCGGAAACCAGGUCGUAGUAUUUGGCCACCAACGUUCGACCCGGGCUAUUUGCCCUCAACUGCCAUGGCGGCGUCGGCUAGUUGGGCGCCGUGCCCUGAAGCAUGAUGGCCGCUGGGCGGCUUCACUGACUUUCGCCCGACUCCGGAAGACCGGGGCCGGCGAUUGGGCGGUGCCCGGCGACUCGCAGAAGAAGGCGCCCGCCGGUUGGACAGCGUUGGACCGCAGCCUGGGAUCCCCCGGGGACCCCCUGGAUCCGCCGCCUCCCCCAUGGACUUGCCUGGGGAUUCCAGCCCGUCUAAGCAGACGAGUCUGUGCCGUCAGCCCCUGACUGGAGCAUUAUGGGGAGCCAGAAGCCCGAAAAGACCGAGGCUGCAACAGCCCCUAGGGGCCCCUUCGCCCCUGGAAAAGGCAUCUCGGCGGGUCCUGGCCGUGGUGCUGGAAGAUAUCAUGGCUACCCACAUGCACCCUUUGGUCCCCCAAAGGGCUACAUCUAUCCCACCGCAACACAGCAAACAUCAGGAUUCUGUGUGCAGCCAGUCACUUGCCUCUCCACCCCAAGUCAAGUGGUCCUCACAGGCCAGGCCUCUUGACUCAUUGAAUUUGUGUCGAGAGCCCUUGAGCCGAAUCCACAGGUCCUCUUCUCUAAGGCUGCAAUCACAGACAACCCCUGGCCCAGAGGAGAGCUCUUCACAAAAGGUGGGCCAAGGCCCCCAACCCACCCUGGUAGUGUUGUUGGAAGACAUUUCUAGUCCCAGACUCCAGACUGAGAGCUGCGCCAGUGACAGCCCCAAUCUCAUCUCCGCACAAAGCACCUCCAGAAGCCCUAAGGGACAGGGGAGGUGCUGGCCUAGCAAAGAUCUGGACUCUGAAGCGCCCCCAGUUCUUCCAUCGCCCUUCCAUCCCAGCACUGAGCCCAUGACAAUGGCUCACCAGCUAUCAUCUACACCCGGAGACUCACAGCCUCCACUGCAACCAUCCACCCUACCUGCAGACCCUCCAGAGAACCCGCUGCCAGCCCCAGAUCCUGUUCUGGAAUGUCCAUCGACCCCACCACCAUCCAGUCUUUUACGCCCCCACCUCAGUCCCUGGAGCUUGGCACCCCUUUUCCGUUCUGUUCGCUCUAAGCUGGAGAGCUUCGCUGACAUCUUCCUCACACCUAACAAAGUCCCCAAACCCCCAACACCUUCGACCCCCAUGAAGCUGGAGUUGAAGAUUGCCAUCUCUGAGGCGGAGCAGGCCAGGGCUACCAAGGAAAUUGCAACUGUCAGUCCCCGGCCUCCGAUCCACCAGUGGCGAACUCAGGGCUGUAGUACUCCAGCACCUUCCCCUAAGCUCUCUCUAGGCCGAAGCCACUCCUGCCCUGAUCUGGCGCCUGCUGGCCCAGUCAGCUACACCUGGCCCCCUGCUCCACCCCGGCCAAGCUGGCCACGGCCACGGCGACACACUGUGGGUGGUGGGGAAAUGGCCCGAGCCCAGCCACCACCUCGACCUUGUCUCCGGAAAGAGGUCUUCCCUCUUGGAGGAGUGGGAGCCUCCCCUUCUCUCACCACAUCUUGCUCGUCCACUGCAUCCACUUCCUCCUUCUCUGAACCAGCAGAACCCAGGUUGGGUUCAACCAAGGGGAAGGAAAGAAGACACUCAAAGGACCAGGUGCUUUCAGAACCAGAGACCAAGACUAUGGGAAAGGUUUCUCGAUUCAGAAUACGCCGGACACCAGCCCGUCCUCAGCUACAGCUCACGCCAAUGGGGCUCCCUCGACCAAUCAGGUUGAACAAGAAGGAGUUUAGCUUGGAAGAAAUUUAUACCAACAAGAAUUAUCAAUCCCCAACAACCAGGAGGACCUUUGAGACCAUCUUUGAGGAGCCUCGAGAACGCAAUGGGACUCUGAUUCUUACCAGUUCAAAGAAGCUCCGGCGGGCUGUAGAAUUUCGGGACGGCAGCCUUCCUCGAUCCCGCCGGCCAUCUCGGGGCAUCCGGGCUGCACCUAGUAGGACCCUUAUUCCCAACCUGUCACCCAGCAGAGAUGUGGGAGCCCUGCUGCAGCAACGUCUGGAGGAGCUUGAUGCCUUGCUCCUGGAGGAAGAGUUGGAUGGGAAGCAGCCCCAUCAACCCUAGGAACUCCAGGGGUUUGUUCGUCCAUCCAUCCUGGAAGGGAAAACCUCUGAAGCAGUUAAAUUUUUUUCCUCCGUAUUUCUAAGUAAAGUUUUCGAUAUGUUUCUGAA